AUGUUAGGUGGAGAUGCCGAUGCUGGAGAACUACGAGAGGACAUUCCUGAAAUAAAUCUAAAAUCCCAGCGAGAUUUGUUUGAAGGAGAUAUUUCCAGAGAUCCAAGAAAGAAUGCAAUAUUGGAUGAAACUAAAAAAUGGAAGAUUCCUAUUCCUUAUAUAUUGACUGAUAGUUUAGAUCUAAAUGCAAAAGGCGUAAUCCUUCAGGCAUUUGAUAUGUAUCGAUUGAAGUCCUGCGUGGACUUUAAGCCCUACGAAGGAGAGAGUACCUACCUUUCUUUCACCAAGUUGGAUGGAUGCUGGUCAGACAUUGGAGAUUUGCAGACAGGGCAGAAUAUCUCCAUUGGGGAGAGGUGUGACACCAGGGCCAUUGUAGAGCAUGAACUCCUUCAUGCACUGGGCUUUUACCAUGAGCAGUCACGCUCCGACAGAGAUGACUAUGUGAAAAUCUGGUGGGACCAGAUCCUCCCAGGAAAGGAACACAAUUUCAACAAAUACAGUGACGACCUCAUCACUGAUCUAAACACUCCAUAUGACUAUGAGUCUAUCAUGCACUACAGACCGUUCUCCUUUAACAAAGACCCUGGCAUCCCCACCAUCACCACAGCCAUUCUUGCCUUCAAUGACAUCAUUGGACAGCGCCUGGAUUUCAGUGCCAUUGACCUGGAAAGACUAAACCGCAUGUAUAACUGCACUAAGACGCAUACACUCCUGGACCAGUGCGCCUUUGAGCAGAUCAAUAUCUGUGGAAUGAUCCAGAAUGAGGAGGACAAUGCUGACUGGGUCCAAUCUGUGGGCUCCACAGACCUGCAAGACCACACCCUAGGAGGACACUGCCGAGAUGCAGGCUACUACAUGAAAUUUGAUACUGCUGACCAAGAGGUGGGGUACAGCGCUUUGCUGGAGUCUCGUAUUGUGUACCACAGAAAGGUCCAGCAGUGCCUACAGUUCUUCUACAGGAUGACCGGAGGCCCAGGAGACCUGCUGGUUGUUUGGGUCAGGACAGAUGAUGGCACUGGCAACGUUCACAAACUCAGCAAAGUGCACACUAUUAAAGGUGAUGAGGAUGGUUCCUGGAAGAUCGCAUUUGUGACUCUGAAUGUAGAAGAAAAGUUUCGGUACGUCUUCCAGGGCACUGUGGGUUCAAAGAAGACAUCUGGAGGAAUCUUCAUUGAUGACAUCACUCUGUCUGAGACAGUGUGUCCCAGUGCUGUCUGGAGGAUCCAUAACUUCACCAGCCUACUCACAGGCACCCUGCAAAACUACCGCAUUCGCAGUCCUCUUUUCUACAGCUCAGAGGGAUAUUGUUAUGGCAUCGAUGUGUACCCUAAUGGCAGAAACAAUUCAUCAGCAGAGUAUAUAGGGGUGAACUUUCACCUCUGUAGUGGUGAAAAUGAUGCAGUAUUAGAAUGGCCUGCUGUCAAUAGACAGGCCACCAUCACUAUCAUGGAUCAGCAUCCAGAUGCUGCACUCCAGAUGUCCAAUAGUAGAAGUUUCACCACAGAUGGAUCCCCUUUGUGGAACAAGCCAUCCAUUAAUGGAACUUGGGACGACAGUUGUAUGUGCUUCAGAGGUCCUGACUUCGGCUGGUCCACCUACAUGUCUCAUCAGCAACUCAAGAGGAGAAGUUUCCUCAAGAACAAUGACCUCAUCAUUACUGUUAACUUUGAGGAUUUGACACAUCUCGUGAAAUCAGAAGUUCCGGUCCAAAUUGAAUUCUCUGGGGACCCUCUGGCUGUUCAAGACAGUUCUGCCCUCAUGGUUCCAAGAGCUCGGGAGUCUCGUGCCAUCAGUGACCCGUGUGUGCCUAACCCCUGCCACAACGGAGGAGUGUGCCUCACUAACCAUGGCCGAGCUUCCUGCAGGUGCCCCUCUGGCCAAGUGAUCAUGUUUUCAGGUGAUGCAUGCGAGAAUCACCAUGUUGAUGGGGGAAUUCUGGGGAUUCUGAUUGGAGGAGCUGCAGGCACUGUGGUCCUCACUGUUGCCAUUUUUGUAACCAUACACGAGUUAACAAUGGUGAAGGCAUACUGGAUCAAGACGUUGAUGAAUGAUUUGUCAUCCAUGAGAAACACAAACAGGCCCAGGACCCAAGUCCCCCCAAAAACUGGAUGUAUGGAAGACGAAAAUGAGCUGAUGGAGAAGCAUGAUACUCAAGCAAAGCAUCCAAAAGAACAUGGCCAGGUAGAAGAAAUGCUUUGCCAGCACCAUUAUGAGACAUAA